AUUUAGCAUUAAAUAAAGAUGGCAUUUUAGACAUAAAAUUGCAUUAACGGGUCACUACGCUUCCAAACGUUGAUAGGAACCUAUAAAAUAUACUUCAGGGCUGAUUUUGGGAAUUGACUUCAGACACCUGCCUCGAGCUCCCCCGGGUUAUGUUUUCAAUUUGCCUCGGGGGAAACUCCUUCUGCGGGAGCUGCGGUUCCUCUGAAACAGCAUGAAAUGUAUCGUCGGUGUUAAUUAAAUCUCAGCUAUUUCUACUUUUUAAUGGUAUUCUAUUAAAGUUAUGCUUGUUACUAUCAACGAACAUGAAAUCGUCCUCAGAUGAAUAUCAAAUGAUCAACUACGUUUGUGGUUUGUUUAAAGUAAUUCUUGAGUCAAAACAGUGUUUUAGUCGUUGAUCGCCAGGCGCUGAGACGCCCUUGCACUGGGCUGAGAAAAUCGGUUUACUUUCAGAAUUCUGCUGUCACAGCAUUUAGCAGACAGGAGCACACCCCGCGGACUCCACACCGGCUAGAUCGCUGCUAUUAUUGCUGCUUGCUUCAUACACACCUAAAGAGGCGGAGCCCUUACUGAGACGUGAGCUCAGGUGGAGCAAAAGGAGACGUUUUUCUAGCAUCCAAAAGAAGCCCCCCCCCCCCCGAACCACCCACUAUUAAACGUUUACUGGGAAGCAGCUGGAAGUCCUCCAUCAACCACCUGAUCAGCAAGUGAAGAAAAGACAACUUUGUAGCUGCUUCAUCCACCCUGUUUGUUUCACACAGGGAAAAACUGCUGUACGGAAGUUAAAAUAUGCAGAUGAACUGUAAUUCUUAUCCAAUUACUUCAGUAAUCAAUGGAAUUAUCGAUAGAAUACUUAAUUACUAAAGUUGCAGCCCUAAUUUAAUUUGCUCCUUUAGGACAGCACCACCACAACAUGUGAGAGAGAUGUAUGCUCAAGGCAUGAUUGAAAAGUUCCCAAACCUGCGUGAUCCUUAUUCCAAAAAUGGAUAUGAAGAUUUCUAUUAUGGUUAAAGUGGCUACUUAGCAUGGAGGCUUAAAACCAUCCAGAGGAAGAGCACCUUAUCAGAGGGGAGAAGAUCAUCAUGUCAGCUGACUGGGUGUGGACCAACAGCCAGAGGAGAUGCUUCAUUUAACCCUGAGGUGACCCUAAGAGAAGAGCCAUAUAAGGAAGCUAAUUCCUUCAUGAAAUACUCUUCUGAUGAGGCCGCCAUCAGGAACAAAAUGAAGAUGAUGUUUGAUUACCGUUGCAAGAUGGUCCUGGACGAAAACAGAUCAUCCAGCGUCUUGACUGAAUUUCCUCGCUUCAGAGAUGUCAGAGGCUUGAUUGAUCAAGACUUCAUUCUGGAAUUUGGAGAAGAUGUAGCUACCAGGUUUUUGGAGAGGUGGCCGACUGUUUUCAAGCAUAAAGUGAUCCAGCAGAGCAAGACUCUCCCUACCUCAACCGACCUUGAAGAAGUGAUCUACUGUGCUGAAGGAGCUUCAAGUGAGGAGGAACUGGAUGAGACCCUUACCUCUGGCUGGGACAGUGAUCUUGCUUCCAUCAUUCUCCUGUUCCACCUGAUUCCUCCUUCCUGUCAGGGUUACAAAAGACGUGGGAAGGUUUCUCCAUCCCAGGAUGAGGAGCACCAUGUGGUCUUCCAGAAGGUUUGUAAUAGUGGAACAAGUGUCCAGGAACAUGCUGAUGCCAUGAACUCCACUACGCAGCCCUACCCACUUGCUGUUGGGACAAAGAGGAGCACCAUUCAUGAGUUCUUCAUUGUUCUGGACAAGCAGGUCGUACCAUGCAAGUCAGCCAGCUCACUUGGAGCUUUUGAUGAAAUUUUUCACUUCGUAUUUGGAACUGUUUAUAAUCAAAUGCUCCACAACAUGUACGUCUUGGAACUUGGAGAGUUAAAGGAAGGUGCUGAAAUUGCUUCAGAACUUUGUAGUGAACACUCUCUCUCUCCAUGUCAAACACAAAAUUACUUUCAACUGGGGCUACAGAAUUUCAUCGGCAACAACAUAUUCCUAAUUGGUCACUGGUAAUCUAAAGAUCUAAUUUGAAAAGCUUUUGUGUAAAAUUUUAUGUGACCUUAAGAAAAUGGGUGCUUUUAACUUUGUCACUGACCAAUUGAUAUUUGUCGUUUGUUAAAAAUGGCACUAAUGUCAAGUUCUUCAAAAAAUAUGUAUUUCUUAGAUAAAUGGAUAAAGAUGUUCCAGUAAAUUCACAUUGUCUUAGAAAAGUUUUUUCUUUCUAAUCAAACUGAAAAUGCAGAGAAGC